CACUCGGUGAAGUGUAACGUUGGUGUGAAUUAUAUAAUUUUGGGAACCCGUUUUAUUGUUGAGUUUGAGAUUAUGGAGCGCUGGAAUGGGCGUGUCGCCGUGGUGACCGGUGCUAGUUCCGGUAUCGGUGCAGCGAUCGUGAAGGAUCUAGCAAAGGCUGGUAUGGUGACCAUCGGUUUGGCACGUCGUGUCGAACGAAUCGAGGAACUACGAAAGGAUCUACCGGAAAAGGCGGCCAAAAGGCUGCACGCGAUCAAGUGUGAUGUUUCGAAUGAAGCGGAUAUCGACGCUGUCUUCAAGCAGGUGGAGGAUCAGUUUGGUGGCUGUGAUGUGCUGGUCAAUAAUGCCGGAAUUCUUCGAGUGAAACCCCUCCUAGAGGUGGGCAACACAAGCGACAUUAAGGCAGUGCUGGACACCAACGUUACCGGGUUGGUGCUGUGCAGCCAACGGGCGUAUCAAUCGAUGGUGAAGCGAUCGGUCGAUGGCCACAUCGUGCACAUUAGCAGUAUUGCGGGACACGGGGUCCCAAGUGUCCCCAACAUGAAUGUCUAUCCAGCAUCGAAGCACGCCGUCAGGGCCAUCACGGAGACGAUGCGUCACGAGAUGCGAGAUGCUGGCAAGAAGAUUAAAGUGACGAGCAUUAGCCCGGGUGCAGUGAAAACGGAAAUCUUGGAUGGAAUGAAUUUGCCAGCAGAUAUCAAUCUGCUACAGUCGGAAGAUAUUUCGGCUGCCGUGCUGUACACGCUGGGAACACCACCUCACGUUCAAGUACAUGAAAUCAUGAUUAAACCUUUAGGCGAAUUUUAUUAAUCCAACGGAGGACCCAUUGUCUACACCAUGACGGCAACACUCGAAUGUAGUUUUUCUCGAGAAUGCUUUGUCUAACGUCAUGCAAAUGUGUUAUACAUUUUGUUUUGUGAAAACCGCAAAUCAAUAAAAAGCUUC